UAUCGAUUCUGCUGUCAUUUAUGCAAAUUAUGCUCAAACUGAUGCGUUUAUUUUGGAUACUUUUUCAGUUAUCAUCUGUUCACUAGUGUUAUCCGUGUUCUCUCUCUCUAUGAUUAGCUUAAAUUCUUCAUAUAUUAUGCUUCACCUUGGAAGAAGUGAGACUUUUGGCCGUCCUUUCGAAAAAUACAUAAAUAACAAUAAAUAUUCGAGUGUUGGAUCGUCAUUGAUUUGUUUGCCUAAUCCUGUAUUGUUUAGUUUGGUGUUGUUUCCCUGGCCUUUUUUUCUUGCUCAAUUGUCAUAUUAAUGAUUUUUUUCCAAAAAAAAGGUCAUUGGGUGGUUAUGUCUUGUUUCUUUCGGUAUAAUUGUAGAUUUUUCAGUGUGCUGGUGUUAGGUAGCUGGACAUUUAAAGAAAACGUGAACUCACAUGCUUCAAUCAUCUCAUAUUUCCAAGGACCACUAAUUUCUUGUUGAUUCAUUUAUCUAAGUUCUUCCUUUGCAUUCUAGAAAAUGGAGAGUAGUUCUUUUGGGCUGUUUUGCAUGCAAAAAUAGAUUAUGAUCCCUCUGGUCUUCCUACCUCUGUGCUUAUUCGGAGGUGUGAGCUUUGAUGUGUGGUUUUGUAGAAUUAGCUUGUUGUUAUUGUUUCCUGGGUAAACUUAAAUUUGACAUAUGGUAAAUUAAUUUGAUCCAGCCACUUAAGUUCGCCACCCCGUCUCUUGAUCUGAUCCUGAGAAUCCAAAGCGACCUCUGUCAAUUCAUUACUGGUGAAGUUAGUGACCAGUUAGUGCACACCUCAAAGGACCUGGAUAACAUCUCUAUCGAACUCCUGGUCAGCUAAAAGAGAAAACUAUGAAUCAACCACCGAAUACUGGAAAGAAUUCUCUGUCUAUACCACCAUCAGAGACUGAGAGUCUGGAUGCUCCACUUCACAUGAUUGGCUUUAAAUUUGAUGAACUCUCGGCUAAGAAAGUUUCAGGCUGCCUCCUGAUUACUCCGCAGUGCUGUCAGCCAUUCAAAGUUUUGCAUGGAGGGAUCUCAGCUUUGAUAGCCGAGGCUUUGGCAAGCAUAGGAGCUCAUAUUGCUUCGGGUUUUACAAGGGUAGCUGGUAUACACCUAAGUAUCAAUCAUCUAAAAAGCGCGCAGGAAGGUGAUUUAGUAGUUGCUGAGGCUACACCAGUAAAUGUUGGCAAAUCCAUUCAGGUCUGGGAAGUUCGCCUCUCAAAACGCGAUCCUUCCAACUCUGAGAUUCAAACGCUUAUUGCAUCCUCAAGAGUCACCCUUCUUUGCAACAUGUCCGUGCCAGAAUCUGCAAGGGAUGCUGCUAAACAACUAAAAAAAUAUGCUAAAUUGUGACAUGUUUUAGUAUUUCUUGGCUCCAUAGCCAAAUUUCAGGCAUGAGCUAUUUGUGCUUUUAUUUUUGGCUGAGUCUUGUAUCUUCAUUUGUGUUCUACAUAAGAUAGAACUGAUGGUUAUGUUACUUAUGUAACUCUAUCUCAAUAAUAUAUGUUCCAAUUUUCUUGA